AUGGACCUCACGCCCGCCCGCGCUGCCCUGCUCGCCGCCGAGUCCUUCGUCGCCAAGCUGCACGCCGAUCCGCAACACACUGGGACGGAUUCCCUAGAUCGCAUCGAGGAGACGCUGCGGGGGGCGAUCCUGAGCGUGCGCCACCAGUUCAACGCGCUGCGCCCGGUCAACCGCCUCCCGCCCGAGAUCCUCCGCUUCGUCUUCCAGGAGCUCCUCGAGCCCGUCACGCCCGAGGGCGAUCUCUACAUCUGGGCGUCCCCCGCGCUGCGCUCGACGCGCGGGCUCAAGGGGGUCUCGCACGUCUGCCGCCGCUGGCGCCAGAUCAGCCUCGGACGCGCGUCGGCGACGCCGGACGACGCACACGGGCCCUGGGCGACGCACGCGCCGCUGGCGGUGAGCAUCUUCACGCAGGCGCUGAACCCGUUCAUGCUCGAGCUGUGCCGCUCCGACGGCGCGCGCCUCGCCGAGCUCUGCAUCGCGUCCCCGCUCGACCCGCGCAUCUACACCGACUUCCCCGCCCCCGCCCUCCAGCGCCUCACCCUCCAGUCCGACCCCAUCUCCGACCGGCCCUACCUCGUCGAGCUCUUCCGCGGCGACGCCCCCCGCCUCCGCGCCCUCGCCCUCCAGUCCUCCUUCUGGCUCCCCAAGAACCCCUUCCCCGCCCUCACCCGCCUCCUCCUCGCCGCCCACCCCCCGCGCCCCCACCUCCCCCGCGCCAGCUGGACCCUCCCCGCCCUCCGCACCCUCCUCGCCAACUGCCCCGCGCUCGAGGAGGCCCUCCUCGUCCGCCUCCGCCACGACCUCCCCCCCGCCGACGACGACGACCCCGCCGUGCCCCUCCCGCGCCUCCGCCGCCUCGCCAUCGGCGACUGCACCGCCGCGCUCGCCGCCUGGCUCCUGCGCCACCUCGCGCCCCCGCCCUCCGCCGCCCUCCGCCUCUUCGCGCUCGACGCCCCCGCCGCCGUCCUCCCCGCCCUCCCGCGCCCCGCCGCCCUGCGCACGCUCAAGCUCACCCCGCGCACGCUCGCCGCCGCCGACGCCGACGCGGCCGCGUUCCGCAUCGACGCCCCCCCGCACGCCCCGCAAGUCCUGCUGCCUGCGCUCGCGGCGCGCGUGCCGCUGUGCGGGAUCGUGGAGCUCCAUGUUGAGGGGCGCGUGCAUGCCCUCGUCGACUUUCCGCGGCUGUUUGGGACGUUGGGCGCGCUGGCGGUGGUGGUGUGCCGUGUGGACGCUGGCGGCGAGGGCGAGGAUGCGGGGGAUGGUGCGGACGCUGGCGAUCGCGCGGAGGCGGGCGCUCUUCAUUGCUCGGACGUGGACGCGGGCACGGGCACGGAGGCCGCCCCGUGGAAUAACGGGACAGACACAGAAGGCGCUAGCGCUAGUACGCACGCUCCCGGAUGCACAGACGCGGACGCGGACGCAGACGCGGCGGGAGGCCUCCUCCCGCAUAUCCUCCGGUGCCUCCUUCCCGGCCCCACCACCACCGCCGCCGGUCCCCCGCCCUGCCCGCACCUCACGACCCUGCACGUCCGCCUCGCCACCCCCCGUCCGCACCCGCACGUCGCGCGCGUCGCCGCGUUCGCGCGCGCGCGGCCGCUCGUCAAGUGCGUCGUCGAGCUCGCCGGCGCCGGCGCACUCGGACUGGACGCGGUGGAGGGGGUCGAGAUCUGCGUGGGAGAGCUGCGGGGUGCGCCGUGGCCGGCGGUGUGUGGGGAGACGACGCACCGGUUCUGGCCGGCGUGGUGA